AUGCGGAGCGGCGAGGAGCUGGACGGCUUCGAGGGCGAGGCCUCGAGCACCUCCAUGAUCUCGGGCGCCAGCAGCCCGUACCAGCCCACCACCGAGCCGGUGAGCCAGCGCCGCGGGCUGGCCGGCCUGCGCUGCGACCCCGACUACCUGCGCGGCGCGCUCGGCCGCCUCAAGGUCGCGCAAGUGAUUUUGGCCCUGAUUGCAUUCAUCUGCAUUGAGACCAUCAUGGAGUGCUCCCCAUGUGAAGGCCUCUACUUUUUUGAGUUCGUAAGCUGCAGUGCAUUUGUGGUGACUGGAGUCUUGCUGAUUCUGUUCAGCCUCAACCUUCACAUGAGGAUCCCCCAGAUCAACUGGAACCUGACAGAUUUGGUCAACACUGGACUGAGCACUUUCUUUUUCUUUAUUGCUUCCGUGGUAUUGGCUGCUUUAAACCACAAAACAGGAGCAGAAAUUGCUGCUGUGAUAUUUGGCUUCUUGGCCACAGCAGCCUAUGCAGUGAGUACAUUCCUGGCUGUGCAGAAAUGGAGAGUGAGCCUCCGACAGCAGAGCACCAACGAUUACAUCCGAGCUCGCACGGAGUCCAGAGACGUGGACAGUCGUCCUGAGAUCCAGCGCCUAGACACAUGAGGACACGCCAGAGACGGCCUCCCUUCUGCCCUCGCUCACGCCAUCCUUCCAGCAAGUUUUGUUUUUGUUUUUUUGUUUUGUUUUUUUUCCUUUGAGCACAUCAGAUUUUCUUGUGAUCCAGUUGAAUUUUGUCCUUAUUGGUAAAAGUUCAUUUUGGGAAAGAGUGCCCGGAAUGGCCUGGUUGAUGGGUCUCUCGUGGGCUGGAGAGGCCUGGAUCCUCUAAGAGCAGCCAGCCUCACUGACAGCCCACAUCCACUGUAGGUCUUAACUGUCCCAAAACACAGGCUCACACCUGACUCUGAGCCAUCCUGUCAUGAGCAUUUGUGAUGAAUGAAAACUUUGGGUGAAAUGGGGCUGCUAAGAAGGGAACUUCAUGUCACAAAAAGAAGUAACAGGGCUGGAGCAGCAGCGUGGUUCUGGGGCAGCUCCCCCUGCGUGCUGUGGGUGGGCGUUGAGUCUGGCUGCCUGGAUCCAUCCUCCUCAUCCCCCAUGCCCAGGGCAUCCAGGUAGCAGCACAGUCCCAAGGUUACUUCUGGAUCCGAGGGACUUGGCAAAGGGAUGCGCUCUUGGAACCUCCUUGCUGGGCCUGACCGAGAAAGCUGUGGGGCAGCUUCCUGGGACCAGUGACUCACAGGACAGACACUGUGUGUCUCCUACCCUGCUGAGAAAUCACUGAUUCUUCCUCAAAUGAAUCUCCUUCCUGGGUCCCAUAUUCCUAUGUAGGAAUGUUUGCCAGUCACCUGCCUACCCUACUUGGUACCCUACAUGAGGCUGAAUCGCAAGUUCUGCACUUUUACCUUCUCAGGUAAAAGCUGCAAAAGAAACUGUCCCUUUCGCCAGCUGGAGCACUUGCCCACUUGCUGGCCUCAUGGGGGUGUGUUGAUGCGUGUUACAAGGCAGCACAUGCAAACACGUACCUUUGUUUUACAGACCCAUGCUAAUUCUCUAAAUGCCUGAGAAUAGUUCUGAAGUGAUUCUGAGUUGAUUUGUCUAGGCUUUGAAAAUACUUGAAUUUGUGCCAGGACAUACCUUCCAUGGGUGUUUCGGAUGACACUAAUGUUGGUUUGGGUGUCAUCACUAUGGGCAACAAUCGGUCUUGGAACCUGCGGAAAAUCCUAGUUACUUAAGGUUUUUGAUCGGUUCUUGUGAAGUAAAGAUUAUUUUUUGCAGUAAAUGAAUUAAACAAGCCCCUAUGAUGUUGUACUUUAUUGUUAGACUAAUUAAUUUUGUUUGGAAAAAAAUUGUUUGAACUUGUCGGGUUCUUACUCUGAACUGUCUUAACGUUUACAGACCUCUCCAUAGCGCUAAUGCUUUGUGUGUAGCUCUCGAGAAGGACGUGACCCUGCUGGUGGGAGGAGUUCACAGGGUGGACAAUUCCCAGUAUCCUGCACCCAGGGUCCUUUACAGUCUGAGCAGUGCUCUUUGUGGUAAAUAACCCAGAAGUGGGUGGCAGAGCGCUGGAGGAGUCUGAGGAAGCGCCCCUGUGCACCUGUGCUCUUGCAUUCUUCAGGAAAGCACGUGGCUUAACAGCAAGGCGGGGCCCUGGGCCAGGUAGCACUGUGAGCCAGGGGAGUCCACAGAAAAUGCAUCAGUCCACAUCUGGCAGGGGAAUAGGGGCUGGCUCCCUGAUCCCAGUACCCAGUGCAAUCCAGUUGUGCUGCAGUUCCUCCAGGCUGGCAGUGGCCCAGGUCACAUGAUUGGGGACUGACCUAGCUAACUGGUGGUAACUCCCUACCCCUUUCUUUUUCUCUCUCAGAGGGCAGCCUGAGCCUGGCCCCAUGCCCAACCUGUCACAGACCCUCUAUCCAUGGAUGUCAUGAGUCAGUACACUUUAUGUUCCUCCCACUUUGAACCUGUUAUGUGUAGUGAUACAGGAGAGGUGAUAGCAUCUGGAUUUGAUUUGUUCAUUUUACAUGGCUAUUUUGCAUUUGUUGAGUGUGUCUGCAUAAUCAAAAUUGGGCUUUGCUCCUGAGAAUUCCACUUAAAAUAAGGCCCCAAUGACUUAGCCAUGGGUUAGAUGGGGCCCACCUGGAAGGACCACCCCAGAUUUAUCAGAAGUCUGCUGGGAGUCAUGUUACGUGGCCUCAGUAAAAGGCCACUUUUGAAGUGAGACUAAAGAAAGAACCAUUCAGGCAGGAUUGACGCCCAAGUUUUCCCAAGUCACUUCAAUAAAAGCAUUUUCUCAUUUGGUGAAAGGAGACCGUUGAUUGGCCUUCUGAAGAAGUGUUGUCAGCUAAAGAAAUAAUGCUGAGGCUCGUCAAGACUGUAAAUGCUGAGAGAUGAUAAAAAGCAAUGCUGUCUUCUGUCCAGAAAGACUUAGGAGUCAUUUGCAUCUUAGUUACAGAAUCUUUGGCCAGUAACUAUUUAAAAUCCUCUGUGCAAUGAGGUUUCCCUAUGGGUUUUGUAAAUGCAUUUCCGGAGGCGGCCUGUGCGCUUUGUAACUGGUGUAGUGCACGGCCCUGUGUGUCCUCGUGGAAGCCAGCGUGGUGAAGGAAGGUAGUGACGGGAGUACAGCUGUGUGGUGAAUGCAAAGACACUGGUGCUUUUAUUAUGCUGCCUCUGGGGACAAACAGAAGACAAUCAAGAUUUGAGGUCUUAAAAUGACUUCUUUACAAGCUGGUAAUUCUUCUAUGGAACAAUAUCCUUAGGUUUUGAGUAUUUUUAAGGUUGAAGCCACCUUAGUUUUCUCCAUUUCCUGGGAACUGCAGUUGCUGUGAACAUCUGGUAUGUUGGUGGAGACAGAGUUGAGGCCUCCCAGCAGUUGGUGGUUUUGAUAGGUGCACACUAAUGUCAUCAGAGAAAUUGUAUUUUGGCACUGACUUGAUUGAGUGUCGUGCUACACCCUGGCCCCCCACGUGCAGUCUGCUGAAGGGACACACAGCAGUCCUGUGCCCGGCUUAUGGAGGAACUGGUCUAGAGAACCUACAGAUAGUGUUGGUCCCUAGAAAGUCUCUUCAGAGAAGUUCCAUUUCAAGUAAACAGCCGGCCUGGGAGAUGGCUCCAUAGUUAAAGGUGCUUGCUUGCAAAGCCUUCCAGUCCAGGUUCAGUUUCCCCAGUACUCACAUAAAGCCAUAUGCAUAAAAUGGUACAUGCAUCUGGAGUUUGU